AUGGAAUAUGAAAACUGCGAAUCAGGUAGUAAGUAUAUAAAUAAAGUAGAAAACUUUGAAAAAAAUGAACUGGAAACGGAUGUAUUAUCACAAAAUAAGGAAUUAACAAGAAAAGAGCGAAAACAGUUAGAAUAUGAAGAACGAAAUAGAAAAAAAAAAGAAAAACAAAUAAAGAAAAUAAAAAAAAUAAUUACUAAAUGUAAUAUAAAAUCUUUGGAUGGUUUGAAAAACAAUGCAUUAAUUAAUAACAAUGAUUUAUCCCAGAUUUGUGAAAAUAAAGAUCAAUCAACUUCGAUUACAAAAAGAGAACAUACUAAGCAAAAGUUUAACAAUGGCUUAGAUGAACAUGCAGAAAACUUAAACAGAAAACAAACUGUUGACAAUAAGAAUAACAGUAAAUCAAAAGGGCAAAAUAAUAUAAGUGGUCUUUGUUUGAAUAGCCAUUUGCAAUCUCUAGGUAUAUUAUCGAAAAAACAAAUAAUGAAAACAUUAAAAAAUAAACUUAAAAAAAACAAGGAAUCAGAGAAAAAAUUGCUUUUUAAAAAAAUAGAGCAAUUUAACUUAAAUAAUAAGGGUCAUAACAUUAUGACACACACCAAUGUUAAAGAUAAAAGAGAAAAAAAUCAAGAACACUUAGAUAAAUUGCUCAAGGCAUAUGAACAAAUGAAUAUCGAUUUACCAAACAAUCUAAAAAUCGCAAAAAAUAAACUGGAAGCGCGAAAGAAAAGGCUUUUAAAGUGUAUAAAUAAAAAAGAAUUAGAAUCUAUAGUUGAACAAGAAGAAAACAAUCCCCCCAAAAAAUCGAAAGUGAUAAAACAAUUUAAUCAUAAAAAACAAAAUGACCAGAGUGAAGGAAGUAAAAGUAACGAUCUAGCAAGCGAAAAUAAUGAUGAGAAUUUAGAAGAUAAUCAUACAGAAAUAUCUAAAGAUGAUAGUGUUACAAGUUCUAUCAACUUUUACAAUGAAGAAGGAAAGAUACUAUAUCAAAAUGGCAGUGGUCAAAAAGAAAUUCAAAGUAUUGAAAUUAAAGAAUAUGAACGAAUAGAUGAAGGGAAUGACAAUGUAAAUGAAAAAGAUAAAAUUCGCGAAAGAAAAAUCCUUUACGAACGUGUAAACAUAAAUAGAAAUGAAAAUAUAGAAAAACUUAGGUCAUCAUUACCUGUUGUAGGUUAUGAACAAGAAAUAAUUGAAGCCAUACUAAACCAUGAUGUUGUUUUUAUAAGCGGAGAUACAGGGUGUGGAAAGUCAACACAAGUUCCACAGUUUGCAUAUGAAUAUGGUUUUUCCACUAAUAAUUAUUUAAUUGGCAUAACAGAGCCUAGAAAAAUUGCUGUUAAAAGUAUUUCAAAUCGAUUAAACGAAGAAUUAAAUAUUAAAGAUGUUGCCGGAUAUCAAGUUAGAUUUGAAAAAUCGAAUUUUUUAAAAAAUAGUAAAAUUAAAGUUAUGACUGAAGGAAUAUUGUUAAAAGAAAUUAUGAGCGAUUUUGUUUUAUCAAAAUAUAGUAUCAUAAUAUUAGAUGAAGCUCAUGAACGAAGUAUAAAUAUGGAUCUAAUUUUAGGGUUUUUAUCUAUAAUAUGUAAAAUUAGAAAAGAAAAAUAUUUUGCAUAUAAAUCAGAUAUUAUUCCCCUAAAAGUUAUAAUAAUGUCUGCUACCAUUACUGAUAAUAAUCUUUUUGAAAAUAAAAUAUUCACAGAUUACACUUCGAUUAAUAUACCAACUGAUAAAGUCCCAGUUGUAGAUCAUUUUCUGUCAUAUACCCCAAAAAAUUAUGUUGAAGAAGCUAAAAAAAAAAUUAUACAAAUUCAUAAAAAACUUCCCCCAGGAAGUAUAUUAGUUUUCUUAACAAGCCAGGAAGAAAUUUAUCAAUUAUAUAACGCUCUUAAUAAUUUAAAAAUGACUAAAGAAAUUAUAGAAAAUACAACUUUUUCUGAAAAUAGUAAAAAACAUAUAGAAAGUAAUCCAGAUGAAAAUUUAGAGAUAUUCGAUUUACCCGAAGAAAAAAAUACUGAAAAUGAGCGAAUAAGCUUUUUCGUUAAAGAUCAAGAUGAAAAUAAAGAAAAAACAAUUAUAUUCGAUGCAUCAGAUGAUGAAGAUAGUGACAGUGAGGAGGGUGAUGCAAAUAAUAAAGUUGAUGGCAAUGAAAACGAUACUGAAAACUAUUUCAAAAAUAAUUUUGAAUCGAAAGAAACUUCGAAAAAUGAAGAAAUAAGCUUUAAUUCUUCUGAACAAAUAUCAAAAAAUCAAAAUUCGCCCAAAAUUCCAAGUGACAAUGAUACAAAUGCAUAUGUAUAUACAGAAAAAGAAAUAAGUAGCGAACGUAACGAAAUUGAAACUUUCGAAAAAGAAGUUUGCUCAUUUGAUGAAAAUAUACCCCAAAACAGUCAUUUUGAUAGCGAUCAAAAAACAUAUGGAAAAACUGAAAACGACCAAAAUAAUGAGCUUUCAAAUGUCACCGAUGAUACUGAUCAGAACGAUCAAAAUAGCAAUGACAAAAAAAACGUGAAAAAUUCAUAUAAGGAAAACAAAAGUGAAAAAUCUAAAAAAGAAUCAACCAUAUGGAAAGGAAGUGAUGGAUCAGGUAAACUUACAGUCUAUAAACUAUAUUCUAAUUUACCUAUCAAAAAACAAAUGCAAUUAUUUAAUAACCCUAAGGAUAACGAACGAGUAUGUAUUUUAAGUACAAAUAUUGCAGAAACAUCUCUCACUUUACCAAACAUUCGUUAUGUUAUUGACUCUGGAAAAGAAAAAAAAAAAAUAUAUUCAGCAGUCAACGAUUAUUCUUAUUAUAUUAUUGAUAACAUAAGCAAAAGUUCAGCACUUCAAAGAAAAGGGCGGGCUGGUCGAGUAUUACAUUUAUUGAAAAAUAAUAAAAAAAAUAAGAAGAAAAUAGAAAUGGAAAAGGGGCAUGUAUAUAAACUAUAUUCUUCAAAUUAUUAUAAUUAUUUUUUUAAAAAUAAUACUGAUGUCCCAAUUUUAAAUUACCCUCUUGAUUCAUUGAUCUUAUAUUUGUUAAGCUUUAAAAUUGAAAAUGUUGAAAAGUUUCCAUUUAUUAAUAAACCAGAUCAUUCUAAAUUUCAAGAAGCUCGAAAAAGAUUGAUAUAUUUCAAUUGUAUAUAUUUUGGGUAUAAAGAUAUUGAAUUUCUUUUUAAAAAUCUAAGUGAUAAAAUAGCUUCAAAACAAGGAAUUCAAAAUCAUGUAAAUAUGUUUAAUCCACAAAAUAAAAAAGGAAUUACACUUGUAGGAAAUUUUAUUUUAUCUUCACCAAUCAGUAUUAGAUAUGCUAAAAUUUUAACCGAUGUUUGUUUAAAAUCAUUAUCUAUAAAAAAUACUAGUGCAAUUCCGUUAGCUUGUCUUUUAGUCUCUUGCUUGUAUCUCGAAUCAAUUUUUUCAUAUGACUAUAAACUCAGUUUAAAAUAUAAAAACAGCAAAAAAAAAAAAAAAAGAAAGCAAACAAAUGGAAACGAUGAUAAUAAUAAAUCUGCUAAUGGAAGCAUUAGCAAAUCAAAUAACAUUUUAAUGAACUUAAUUUUAAAAAAGAACAAUGACCAAAGGGAUCAAUCUGAUGGUUCAGAUUCUUACGACUAUAGUUCCCAUGAAGAUAAUAAUUCAUCAUAUCAAAAUUCGAAUAAUGGUGAAAAAAGCAUAAGCAUGAUUGAAGAAUAUAAGUCCAAUUUUAGUAAUGAUAUUGAUUUUUAUUUAAACUUAUGUAUCACUUUUUAUUUUUCAAAGGAAAGAGAUCAAUUUUGUUAUAAUAUGAAAUUAGAUAAAAAAAAAAUGGAUGAACUACUUAAACUUUCAAAUCAUUUAAUGAAAAUAAUUAAUUUUAAACUUAAUCAUAAUAUUACUUUUGAUAUGUUGGAAAAAGAUAUAUCACCAGUAUCAAAAAAAAUUAUUUACUAUGCAAUUUUUCAAGGGUUCAUAGAUCAUUUGGCAAUACGUUCUGACUUAAUACACAAUGAGUAUACAAGAAACUUGCAAAUAAAAAAUUAUAACAAUAAAAAAGCAUAUUUUACUCAAAAUAUUAACACUCCUAUAUAUAUUAAUUCGAAUUCCGCCUUAUAUAAAAAUAGGCCAUACCCACAAUAUAUAUUAUACAAUUAUAUUAUGAAGAAUAAAAAUUCAUAUCUCAUGUUUGAUUGCCUAAAUAUUAGUGAUUCAGACUUGGGGAAAAUAAGAAAUGUUUGUAUUUACAUUAAUGGAUAUGAAAAAAUUCCACCACCUACAUACGAUAUGGAAAAGGACAAAAUUAUUGUUUGCGCAAGACCUAUAUAUUUGCUCGCUUCUCAUCAUUUAUCUAUAAUAACAAAAGAAUUAAAUGAAAAUGAUAUUGCCUUUUAUAAUUAUAUUGCCUUAUUUAUAUUGAAUGGGUCAAUGUUUCCAAAAAUGCUCAAGUUCCAAAAAUUUUAUUCACAUACUGCAAGUAACAUUAUUAAUUGCAGUACACAAAAUAUUAAGAGGUUUAUAGUGGAAUUAAAAAAUAACAAAAUUAAUAAUAGGGCGAGCAUAAUAUCCAAAUGGGAAAAAAAAAAUAGCUUUUUAAAGCAAGAGUUUAUGUCAUUGAUUGCAAAUAAAAUUACCAAAUACGAUGAGAAACUUAUUAAUAGUUCGUGGCCGCCUAUAGACUGA